CAAUUGGGAGGGGGCGGAGGAGGUUCUCAGAGCGAGAAAGUUGCUUUCGACUGACUCGCAGCGGUGGAGGAGGCGAGGCGGACAACAUACCGACAGGGACACAAAUAACAUUAUCGACAAGCAGAAAAGGAGCUAUUUCGUUGGAUAUUGUUCGGUUGUUUGGAUUAUCUAUCACAAAGUUUAGCUGCCACAGGAGUACAAAUGGCAGGCAUGUUUGGCUGGUCACAGCAGCCGCCUGUUCCCUCAGGCACUCCGUACGUGGAGAUCAUUGAGCAGCCCAAGGCGAGGGGUAUGCGUUUCCGCUACAAGUGCGAGGGGCGGUCGGCGGGCAGCAUCCCGGGGGAGAAGACUAACGAAACCACCAAGACACAUCCUGCAAUCAAGAUUCACAACUACAGCGGGCCGAUCCGCGUACGCAUCUCACUGGUGACCAAGAGCCAGCCGUACAAACCACAUCCUCACGAGCUCGUGGGCAAGGACUGCAAGCAUGGCUACUACGAGGCAGACCUGCAGGAAAGACGUGUGCACAGUUUCCAGAACCUGGGCAUCCAGUGUGUAAAGAAGAAAGAUGUAGCUGAAGCUGUCAGUUGCAGACUACAGACGCAAAACAACCCUUUCAACAUUCCGGAGGCAAAGGUCUGGGAGGAGGACUAUGACCUGAACGCAGUGAGACUGUGUCUCCAGGUGUCCAUCACAAUGCCCAAUGGAGAUCUACACCCCCUGGAUCCACAGGUCUCUCAGCCCAUCUAUGACAACAGAGCGCCUAAUACAGCGGAGCUGAAGAUAUGCCGAUUCAACAAGAACUCCGGAACUUGUCGGGGAGGUGACGAAAUCUUCCUGCUCUGUGACAAAGUGCAGAAAGAGGACAUUGAGGUGCGCUUCUUCCGGGACUCUUGGGAAGGAAAGGGUUCCUUCUCGCAAGCGGACGUACACCGGCAGGUGGCCAUCGUGUUCCGCACGCCUGCGUACUGCGACGCAAACCUCACGGCGCCCGUGCAUGUCAAGAUGCAGCUGCGCCGACCCUCCGACCGGGAGGUCAGUGAGCCCGUGGACUUCCAGUACCUGCCAUCAGACCCAGAUGAGUACAGACUGAUUGAGAAGCGGAAACGCACCGAGGGAAUGUUCAAGCAGCUGAGCUCCAUAGGCCCAGGAGUCAUAGGCUCAGAAAGAAGGCCAUUCCCUACCGCCAGGAGAACGAUGCCUGCAGCCAAGCCUCCAGCAGCGGCUCUUUUGGCUGCCCCAACUUUCUACGGCCCUCCUCCUGGCCAGCUCUUCACCCAGCCCAAAGCAGAAGCCUCUUCUUCCUCCAACCUCCACAAUGAUACCUGGAAGUUCACCAGCCUUACCUUGGACAGCCAGCCCAAACCCUCGCUCCUGCACCCCUUUAUCUCCCAGGCCCCAGCCACUUCUACCGUCACCUCCACCUCAGCCUCCUCCACAGCUCAGGACUACUCUACGGUUAACCUGGCCCAAUUUCACGGGCUGACCUUCGGUGGUUUCCCCAGCAGCCAGGACUCCGGGGUGGCGAAUGCGGCCGGAAGGAGCAACGGGGACACUGGGAACAGGGCAGUAGGAGCUCAGACCCAAGCAGCCAUGUCCCAGGAAGCGGCCCAGUCUUUCGCCGGGGUCCAGGCCUCCCAGUUCAAAGUCGAGGCUCCGGCGUCAGACGACGAGGAUUUCGAGUUCCCCAGCUUCUCUGAUCAGAACAACUCAGGCCCCCUUGAACACAUCAACCUAGAAGACUUCCAGUCGCUGUUGGCUCAGACUGGCCUGCAUGGCGAGACGCCCGCAGGGAUCGGGGCACAGCCAGUGACCUGCCAGUUGACCUGCAACCCCAUGACCUACGGCAGUGCCACAAACACGGGUAACCUGGUUGAGAAUGUUGCCAUCAACCACACUGGAAAUGGCAGCGGCAGCAGCAGCGCCACCUUGAUGAACUACCCCCCCAGCCUCAGUCAUCUUCUGAACGAUUGCCCCAUUGCCCCACCUUCUGCGCAACAUAUGUCCGUUAGCGACGACAUGAUCCUUACCUCUGAAGAUGAGGAGCGCCUAAUGUCCAUCUUCGCCGGUCCCACCCAAGAACAUUUCUUGUCAGGUCACCCCACUUAAACCGGGCCAAUGACCCAUCAUCUUGUGGGCCGCACCUCCAGGACUCCGCAGCACCACAACCAUAUUUUCACUUUACCUUGGCCGGAAGAUUUUAGAUGAUCCAGCUCAUUCAGAAAAGAAGAAAAUCAGCGAGGAAAAAAAUUGAUGAAGGUUUUCAAGAAGUAGGACUCUUCUUUGUGACUGUGGUCAGUUUAGUAUCUUUAGCUCUUUUGAAAGCCCUUUCACUUUGCUAUGGGGGGGGUGGCACCACUGCAUUAUCUGUAUCUUAUAUCAACAAUCCAAUCAAUGUCAAAAUGUCAGCAAAUUGUAUAUCCUAGCCAUGCAGUCUAAGUUGGGUUACUUAGUUUAGUUGAAGUGGACUAUUGAAUGUUGAUUUAUAUUUUCAGUGUUGGGGAUGCAGAUAUCGACCUGUUUUCUGUAGCUCCAAUGAGUGCUUAAUCAAAUACAAAAUUACUGUACAUAGUCAAGUUAUCGGAGGAUUAUCGGAGAUGGGUGAUUUUAACCACAAACGUGGGUCGUUGCUGUGGUAUUUCAUAACAACCCGUCAAACAUGUCUGUCAGUUCAUCAUUCAAAUCAUUUAUUUGAAUGAGUGGGGCUUAAUUGCCUGUCUGAUGGGUUGUAGGGAAUCCCUGCAUCAGCUGUGGACUUUGUUUAUAAACUUUCUUAGCUUUACGAAAAGAAAAUAUCACCAAAGAAAGCACAAGUGUUUUUCCCCCAGAUCAAAAUGUUUUCUUUGCGGGAUGGUAGUUGUACCCAGUGUCCUUAUUGAAAUGUCAGGACCCAAGUCUGAUGUUUUGUGAUUAUGUGAUCACUUCCCUCUCUGUUUCAAGACAAGGCUUAAAGUUAGUCUUUUUUUAACAAUUUUAAAGAUGCCUUACCAGACGAUAUUGGUAAUUCUCUUAAGUCUCUGAAUUCAUACUGAAUUCUUACCGUCAGCCUAUUUUGGUGGUGCAAAAAACAGAAAAAAUUCGUUAUAGCAUUUUUUUUUUUAUGUGGUGUAUAUCACCGCUUUGUAGGUGGCUGACCUGGGUUCAAUUCCCGAUCUUUGCAGGUUGUCUGUACGCCGCUUUAGCGUUGGCUAAAUACCUGACCCCCCCCCCCCCCCCCCCCCGAGUUACUGGCUUUGGGGAUUCUUCACAAUUGGAUCUGCUUCAUUGUUUCUAGAGGACAGACUUUUAUGUAAUAUUACCUUUGUUUACCAUUACAAAUUUGUUUGUAAAAAAAAAAAAACAGAAGGGAACGGUUAAUUUUAUACACCAUCUGAUCAACUGACCUAUGCUGUAUCACAGUGACACGAUGCAAAUUUUAAACAGUGUAACUUGUAAUUCAUAUUUACACCUGUAUUAUUUACGGUUUGUUUCUGUUUAGGUAUCUUGAUGGAGAAAUGCAUAAGUCCACCCUAAAGACUUAUAGGUAUCCUUCGCAGGUUUAUAGGUUGAUGCUUCUGUACAAUCAUGCAGGAUACUGUGGUUGACUUUUGUGCCUUCUGAUCGUAUUUCAGUUUGCUUCAUAGUUUUGUUUCUGAGGGAGGUCGUUCAGUUGAAACAUGCAUGUUUCUGUACUCUCAGAAGGGAGCAUUUAUAUAAUACAGUCAUGUAUGCUAAUUCAAUAAGCAUAUUUAUAGUACCAGUUUUGAAGGAUUUGACAAGGCGCAUUGUCCAAUUUCUGUUACCGAAAAGGAAACUGAAUCCUGAAUGUUACCAUUAUUUUCAACUGCUUAAAAUGUACACACAGCGGGAGCCAAAUUCCUUGUGUGUGUGAGCAAUCUUGGCCAUUAUAGUUGAUUCGGAUUCUGAUGUAUGAAAUAUAGGCCUAUGUAUGACACUUCUAACAUUUGGAAGACCUCAUGGGAGCAUUCUGUUGAAGACUCUAGAGCUAGAACUUAAAACUGAAACAAUGUUAACAGGGCAACACUGCAUUGUUAGCUAGUUUCAAUCGCAAUUGUUCAAGUAACAACCGUGAUUGGCUAAUACAGUAAUCUUCCAAUUUAUCUUGUAGCCCUAUUGUAAUUUAUUUCACUCUCGUUCUCAAUAAUAUCCAUUAUAGUUGUAAAACUCUAUUGGACUUCAUGAUUUAAAGUUGUGUAGAUGCAGUAACUGUAGAGAGCCUUCAGCUCUGCUGAGGGUAUGGACUUACUUUCGGGGGGGGGAGGGACUUGCACAUGGACAUUUGUGUGUGUCCUUAAAUGUCAAAUAUACUCCUAAUAAAACAUGUUUAAGUA